CCCUAGCAAAGCUUUUCUUCUUGGAAUCUUCAACAAUGGCGGACACCACCACCGCGAGCGCCACCACCUACAAUCUCUUCGUAAACCUCCUAGAAGGCAAAACCCUCAACCUAAAAUUCACAACCCCAGAAAUCUCCGCCGCCUCCAUCAAGCGCCGCCUCUUCGAAAUCACCAACAUCCCCCUCCGCCACCAGCGCCUCCUCACCGGCACCCGCACCUCGAUGCUCCGGGGGUCGGCGACGAAGGCGGGGCAUAAGAAGACGAACAACUUCGACGCGUGUAGGGAUAUGAGUGGGCGGAGGCUGAGGCAUGUGAAUGCGGAGAAUAAGCUGCAGGAGUGGAGGGAGACGGAGGAGCAGAGGAGGAUGGAGAAGAAGGGGGAGGAGUUUCUGAAGCUUGGCGACGCGGCGGCGGAGAAGUAUGUGAAGAAGUGUAAGGAGGAGUCGGCGAUGGUGGAUGCGGUGAAGGAGGCUAUGAGUGGGAAGAGGAAGGGGAAGAAGACGGAGCCCAAGUCGAAAAGGGUGAAGCUUUGGGUGGGCAGAAAUGACAGUGAUACAGAGGAAGAUGACAGUGAUAAUGAAGAUGAGAUGGAGAAAUCAACCGUAUCUGAUAAUGGGAAUAGCUCAGGUUUGAAUAAGGAAGCUGAGGGCAGUUUGAAUUCAGUGACUGGUGGGAAACAAGAGGGUGAGUCUCCAGGUAGAGGCUCAUCUGAGAGUGGCUCUGAGGAAGAGAAAGAGAAGAGAGACAUGGUUGUUCGUACUGCUCAAGAAUUUCAUACGGAGAAGGAUGGGAUAAUUGAGGAUGAGAAGAUAGCUAUAAGUGCAAGUAUACCUUGUUCAGCUCCUGAUACUGUUGUUGGAGUAGAAACAAUGCAGGAUGAAAAGCUGGAUUGCAAUGUAAUUGAGAUGCAACCUCAGGAGAUUUCUAAGUCAGAUGAUGACCAAGGAGUUGAAAGUGCAUCGAUUUUAUCUGAAACCAAUGGUUCUUCAGAGUCCACAGUUGCUAAUGGGAACACUGCAGAGAUGGAGAAGCCGCUAAAUUUUGAUGACUUCAAUUCAGCAGCAGAAAUGGAGGUUCUCGGGACAGACAAGUUGAAAUCGGAAUUGCAAGCCCAUGGGUUAAAAUGUGGUGGUACUCUGCGAGAGCGUGCUACCAGGUUUUUUAUGCUGAAAUCUACCCCUAUAGAGAAGAUUCCAAAGAAGCUGCUGGCAAAGAAAUAAGUACGUGAUACGCUUCAUAUAACCCUUUAUAUGACUACUUUAUAGACCAAGUUUCUCCUGCAAUGUAUAGAUGGUGGAUGAAGUGUUUAACUGUGUAUAUUUGAAUCUAUAAUGUUCUCAGUUCUUGACUGUGUACUGUUUUUGUGUACCAUGACCCUUGGUGGAUAAUGUCUGAGCCUUUGACAAUUGACUGAAGCAGUAAUAUGAUGCAAUCUUCGUUUUU